AUGGAGGUUGAGAAUCCCACAGCGGUGACUAGCAUGAGUUGGGGUCACAGAGCUCCUCGAAACAUCGGAUCCAGAGGGCGCACGCCUCCUUCCAGGAAGGGCAAAUCACAGAGGGCUAAGGACGACGCUCGAGGUUCUCAAGUGAUCGAUCCUUACCUUGACCGGGUUGACGGCGUCAGCCAGAGAAAUCGAGAUUCCCAAACCAAUCAAGACGAGGGUAGUACUGCCUCUGUCUUCGGACGGUAUAAGCGCAGAAGUGCUAGCAGCAGUACUAGCAGUAGUGCUAGCAGCAGAACUAUCACUAGUGAAGAUUCCCAAAGCCAUGCAGACCCGCAUCGGGGUGCUGCUUCCGUUUCUGGAACGACCGAGUCCAUCGGGACGAGGAAGUCGAACAAGCGUGGGGGUAGGAAGCAGCACUCUGGGAAUCAGAAAAAGAAACAGAAGCAGCAGCAGCAGCAGCAGCCUCCAACUACCAUCCGGAUUGAGGAUGAUAGAUUUGAUAGAGUGUUGCUGAUCAAGCCUCGUCAAGAAGCUUUGAACUAUGCCAAGGAGGUGACAGAGACGUCCCCAGAUGACUAUCAUGUCUUCUGGGUGGACGGAUCGACAGCCGCCAACGAGGCAGCGCCAUCUGGAGUCGCAGUUGUCCACGGGCACAACGGACAAGACGCGGACGAGCUGUACUGCCUCGAAGAGAUCCGGCUCAGCCAGUUGGCUGAGUUGUUCGCUAUCGGGGCCGGUCUGAGAGCAGCAGUCCGCCACCUGGAGCGGCUUCAAGUGUCAGGUCAUGUUGUCCAGGUCUUCACGGACUGCCAAGCGGCCAUGGAAAUGCUGCGGCCUAGAACAAAGAAGUUGAGCCCACUCGCUGGCCGUCUAGUGCGUCUUGUUGACGCUCUUUCUCACCGGCUCUGCUCGAUAGGAGUCAAGGUCGAGCUUCAUUGGGUUCCGGGACACCAGUGUGUUCGGGGCCAUAAGAGAGCUGAUUUGUUGUCCAGGACAAUCACAAAUUUUAUGAUGAACAACCUGGCUGACAAGAUCGAUCAAAUCAAUGCAGUUAGAGUGGACUGCACUUUCCUCGAGUUAUCCUGA